UUACAUUUUUAUUUGUUUGAUUUUAUUUUCAGUUUAUUUUUGAUGUUUUAUACAUUUUAAUGAGCCAAUCACAGCCCGCCCUCUGCCUCUCCUCCGGUUGUCAUGGUUACCACUUACAGAUUAUCCGGUUACCAUGGUCACUGUCAGAGAUGAUGUAUGACACACACACACACACACACACACACACUGGGACCAGAUCGAUCACGUGCCUUGUUUUUUAUUUUUUAUUUCUGAGCUGAUCAAUAACCGUCAGUGACGUCAUUCCACUUCCUUUUAGUGCGGGAAGUCGGUGAGGAAAAGAAAAAGCUGCUGAUCAGCCAAACUGCUGUGUGUCGCUCUGCGGGUUGAUUGUCCUCCUCCAUCCUUCCAUCCUCCUCCUGCUCUUCAUCUUCUCUCCUCCUCGUCCUCCUCUGCUCCUCCGCAGCAGCGAUGUUCCCGCCGGGCCUGGCCGGCCUCGGCUCUCUGUCUGCGGGCUGUCAGUAGCUGAGCAGGUCGGUGCAGGUUCUCCGUCAUGGUGCAGAAAUCCCGGAACGGCGGGGUGUUCCCCGGAGCGCAGGCCGACCAGAAGAAGCUGAAGGUCGGCUUCGUGGGUCUGGAGGCCGGGGGAACCGAGUCCAGCAGGGACGGAGCUCUGCUCAUAGCGGCAGGCGGGGAGGAGGGGCCACGGCGGCAGCGCAGCAGCGUCUCUGGAGGUAAGAAACCUCCGAAGAGAAACGCCCUCUACAGACGCCUACAGAACUUCCUGUACAACGUCCUGGAGAGACCUCGAGGAUGGGCCUUCAUCUAUCACGCCUACGUGUUCCUGCUGGUGUUCUCCUGUUUGGUUCUGUCCGUGUUCUCCACCAUCAAAGAGUACGAGAAGAGUUCCGAAGACGCUCUCUACAUCCUGGAAGUGGUGACCAUUGUUGUGUUCGGGGUGGAGUACAUGGUGAGGAUCUGGGCCGCAGGCUGCUGCUGUCGCUACAGAGGAUGGAGAGGAAGACUCAAAUUCGCCAGGAAACCUUUUUGUGUCAUUGACAUCAUGGUGUUGAUAGCGUCCAUCUCAGUGUUGGCCGCAGGGACUCAGGGGAACGUCUUCGCCACAUCAGCCAUCAGGUCGCUUCGUUUCCUUCAGAUUCUGAGGAUGAUCAGGAUGGACCGGCGGGGAGGAACCUGGAAACUGCUGGGAUCUGUCGUCUACGCCCACAGCAAGGAGUUGAUCACGGCGUGGUAUAUUGGCUUCCUGUGUCUCAUUCUGGCCAGUUUCCUGGUUUAUUUGGCAGAGAAAGAGGACAACGAACAGUUUGAGACGUAUGCAGACGCCCUCUGGUGGGGACUGAUCACCUUGACAACCAUUGGCUAUGGAGACAAGUUCCCCAUCACCUGGAAUGGCCGCCUCCUGGCAGCGACCUUCACUCUGAUCGGAGUUUCAUUCUUCGCUCUGCCUGCAGGGAUCUUGGGUUCAGGUUUUGCUCUGAAGGUUCAGGAGCAGCAUCGACAGAAACACUUUGAGAAGAGAAGAAAUCCAGCAGCUGGACUCAUACAGGCGGCGUGGAGGGUUUACGCCACAAAUCUGAGCCGAACUGAUCUGACUUCAACCUGGGAUUAUUAUGAAAGGACAGUGUCUGUCCCCAUGUACAGGUUGAUUCCUCCUCUGAACCAGCUGGAUUUACUGAGGAACCUCAAGAACAAGUCAGGACUCUCAUUCAGGAAGGACGUCCAGCCUGAGCCGUCUCCCAGUCAGAAGGUCAGUCUGAAGGAGAGGGUCUUCUCGUCUCCCCGCAGUUCAGGAACUAAAGGAAAAGGUUCUCCUCAGCACGUGGUUCCCACAGUUGGCCCUGGUAGCAGAACCAGACAGGCCUUCAGGAUCCGAGGAGCUGCCUCCCGCCAAAACUCUGAAGUGCUGAUAGAGAUGCAGGACGAAGAGUUCAGACAGAAGAGCUCGCCAGAGGCCAGCCUGCCGGGAGAAGACAUGGCUGAUGACAACAAGAGCUGCCACUGCGAGUUCGUCCCUCAGGACCUGACGCCAGGGUUAAAGGUCACCAUCAGAGCCAUCUGUAUAAUGCGUUUCAUGGUGUCAAAGAGGAAGUUUAAGGAGAGUCUUCGUCCCUAUGACGUCAUGGACGUGAUUGAACAGUAUUCAGCGGGACACCUGGACAUGCUCGCCCGCAUCAAGAACCUCCAGUCAAGGGUGGAUCAGAUAGUCGGCAGAGGGACACCAAUCGCAGACAAGGACCGUCCCAAAACAGCCAGCGAGGAACUUCCUGAGGACCCGAGCAUGAUGGGCCGGCUGGGGAAGGUGGAGAAGCAGGUCCUGUCCAUGGAGAGAAAGUUGGACUUCCUGGUGAACAUCUACAUCCAGCGAAUGGGAAUCCCUCAGGCCGAGACCGACGCCUACUUUGGAUCCAAGGAGCCUGACCCGGCGCCGCCAUACCACAGUCCGGUGGAUCACCUGGAAAAGAGCCAGUCCAUCUCCAAGAUGCUACAGGUGCUUCCUGCCGAUAACAAUGAGAAGAGUCGAGCGGUGACAAAGAUGGUUCGCUCCAGCAGCUCCACUGGACACAGGAACUACAAUGCCCCCACCUGUCCAGCCUCUACUUCCUGGCAGCCAAUCAGUUCGCAGCUCCACCAGCAGGCCCCGCCCCCUUCCCAGCAUAGCCACGGUAACACUCCAAGUCCAGUAGGAGAUGGGUCACUGGUCCGACUCCCGCCUCCUCCGGCUGGAGAGAGACAUGGCGGGAACCGAUCCCACCGACAAAGCACCGGAGACCGAGGGAACGAAAGACCAGAGGGAGGAGGAGGAGGAGGAGGAGGGGAGGAGCUAAAGCCGGACAGCGACGCCUCCAUCUCCAUCCCGUCUGUGGACCACGAGGAGCUGGAGCGCUCCUUCAGCGGCUUCUCCAUCUCCCAGUCCAGAGAGAACCUGGACUUUCUCAACAACAGCUUCUACUCCUCCGCCAACCUGGGAGACCACCAAGGAGGAGGAGGAAGAGGAGGAGGAGGCGCCGCCCGCUGCGCCACCGUCCACCCAUACAUCGCAGAGGGGGAGUCGGACUCCGACUCAGAGCUCUGCGCUCCCUCGCCUCACUCAGACCGAGCCUGGACCGGAACCAAGUAGAGCCGAAAGACAAGCGGAGCAGAACCAGCAGAACACUGAGACUGAAACCACAACCUGGAUCCAAACUGUGAAGACGGAGACGCUCAACACCAGCUGGACUCACAGAGUGAAGCAUCAUGGGAACUGUGACUGGGCGUCGCCGUGAUUUUAUUCAUGUGAAUGUUUUAACUUGUGCAGCAAAUGUUUGUUCUCACUGUCACUGAUUGGUUCACAGCAGAGACACGCCCACACCCGAUUGGUUCACAGCAGAGACACGCCCACACCUGAUUGGUUCACUGCAGAGACACGCCCACACCUGAUUGGUUCACUGCAGAGACACGCCCACACCUGAUUGGUUCACUGCAGAGACACGCCCACACCUUAUUGGUUCACUGCAGAGACACGCCCACACCCGAUUG